AUGGACAAACUUGUUAGAGUCUGUGCGGAAAGAGAACCGGCGUGGCGUAAAAUGGAACUAACAUUAUGAUUUUUACAUGGCAACCCAAUCCAGCCAUCUGUCAAAUGUCAAACGUGAUUUCGCAUUGAUACAGUUUUUUGUCGUGUUGUUUUCUUGUGAUUUUUGAUUAAAAUCAUGUCGAAAAGAGGUAAAACCUUACGCAGUUCUACAAGGGAAUUAAUAUUUAAUAUUAUUCAGUUUUGCCAGAGAGAGAAAUCCGCGAAACACACCAUUAUUGACCUAAACAAAGUCACGGAACGUGUGGCAGCUAUGUCCUGCUUAAGUAGAGAUACAAUAUCUAAAAUAAAAAAAGAAGGUUCCACAAAUAACGGCGUGUGGUGCACACCAGGGAAAAAACGCAAAGGAAGACCAAACAAAGUCAUUCUUGAUGAUUUUGAUAAGUGCGUCAUCCGUAACAAAAUACGUGAAUUUUAUGCUGUAAGGAAGGAGGUACCGACUUUGAGGAAGCUACAUCGUGUGUUAAAGGAAGACAUAAACUUUUGCGGUGGAAUCACUAGUCUCCGUGGGGUUUUAAAAGAACUGGGUUAUAGAUAUAAAAAAUGUGAGUCAAAACGAAAAGUUCUCAUAGAGAGACAUGAUAUCGUGGUCUGGCGCGCUAAAUAUUUGCGAAUAAUGAAACACUUGAGGGCAACUGGAAAACCGGUUGUAUAUAUUGAUGAAACAUAUAUUCAUACUGCACAUGAAGUUAGUAAGUGUUGGCAAGGCCCCAAUGAACCUGGAGUAUCUAAAGCAAUUUCUCUUGGUGAACGAUAUAUUAUAGUUCAUGCUGGUAGCAGAGAAGGAUUCAUUGAAAAUUGUUUACUUGCAUAUAAAACUAAAAGUAUUUCAGCGGAUUACCACCAUGACAUGAAUCGAGAUAAUUUUACCAAGUGGACAAAAGAAAAACUCUUGCCAAACCUGUCUCAACCGUCUGUCAUUGUGCUAGAUAACGCAUCCUAUCAUAGUACACGCAUAAAUAAACCUCCAAAUAGCAAUGACAGGAAAGAAACUUUGAAGAAAUGGUUGGAAGAUAAUGGAAUAGAAUAUCCAGUUGACGCGCUGAAAGCUGAACUUGUAAGUUUAGUAAAAAGGAACAAAGGAGAACCAAUAUUUGAAAUUGAUCAACUACUUGAGGAGCAUGGUCAUACUGUUGUCAGGUUACCGCCAUAUCACUGCGACUUGAAUGCUAUUGAGAUGAUAUGGAGCUUAGCAAAAAGACAAGUAGCAUCAAAGAAUGUGAACAUAUCAGCAAAAGAACUAUUACCAAUUAUAAAUGAAUGCUUCAGAACUAUUACCGCAGAACAUUGGCGAAAAGAGUGUGAUCAUGUGAUACAUGUAGAACAAAAAUAUUGGGAACAAGACCGUUUAAUGGAGGAUAUGCAAGAAUUUAUUAUAAAUGUAACAGAUUCGAGCACAUCAAGUUCAGAAGAAGAUAAUUCUUUGGAUCUCUCUGGUAGUUCCAAACAAAGUUCAACCGUGUCCGGCAUUCAAUAUUUAGAAUCAGACUUUGAUUAUGAUUCUGAUCAUGGAGCCAGUGAAUAAAUAUAAAAUUAUAUAAAUA